GCUCUUUGUAUUUGCUAUGAACGCGUUAGGGAAUUAAAAGACUACCGUCCAUGUGUGAUUUAUGAAUAUUCUUUUUCAAACAAGAUGUGCAACAGAUGCCUAUAAGAUGGUAGCCAGUUUUAUUGAUUUUUCUGAUAGAAUACAUGAUAGUUUCGCUCUUUUCUCACGAAUGAACAUUACGGUUAUCAGAUCAAUUGAGCGAUAAUCUAAUAAGAAUACUGGAAAAGGAAUGACAAUAAAACAUCUGAAGAAACACUGACAAAUGAUGGGGAUACCACAAUUUUAUUUACGCUUCCCUAAAGGAAACACAUUUUGCGGCAGAUAAGGAAAUACCAUUCUGAAAUUUUGGAACGGUGGCCCAGUGUCGCCCUUUGAAGCAAGUUACCUCCCUUGUCGGGGGAGUUUCCUUCCGUGGCGAGAGAAAAGACUGAAUAUGGCGCUACUGUACGAGCGCGUGGUGAACACGGUGAGCAAAGACCCGGAUUUGAGAACAGCAGCCGAGAUCGAACAGAUAUUACCAUGGUUCCGAAAAAAAUCCGAGCUGUUCAAGUCACAGAAAGCAGAGAUAGUGAAGGACAUCCUGAAGAACUGCAAGUUCAUGACGUGCCGCCGAGACUACGUUAUCAUCAAACAGGGCGAUAUGGGAGACUGUUUUUACAUCAUCUUGAACGGGUCAGUGGCAAUCCUUAUCCAGACCAACAUGCCCGAGGACGGCAUUCCUUACAGCCAGGCCGAGCACGACGCAGCCGAAGACGACAUCCUCUCUGCCGGGAAGCGGAAACGAGACCUCGAUAGAUCUAUAUUCGGAAACUACGUUGGAUCUAUACCUGCGGGUCGGAGCUUUGGGGAGCUGGCUUUGAUCAACACAGAUUGUGUUCGGAACGCCUCGAUUAUCGCCGAUGAAACAACUGAUCUAAUUGUCGUCAAUAGAGAUUUAUACAACCGCUCACUCAAAGCAUUCCAAGAGAAAGAAUUUAACGAGAAGAAGCGAUUCGUGGAAGAGUAUCCACUCUUCAGGAACUGGCAGGCGCGCUACCGUCGCCAGCUUGCCAUGAGCCUCCGGAAGGAGAAGCUCACUUUUGACGGCAUACUCACCAAACAAGGAGCUCCGCUAGAUGGCAUCUGCUUCCUGCUCAGCGGCCAGGCAAAGGUGAUUGUGGACCCUCUACAGCACGAGACUCAGUACGCAGACCGCUUCCCGCUCCCGGAUAUCGCCGAGCUCGAGAAAGUCGAGGCACGGGAAUCCAUCCGCAGAGAGAUGAACAUGUCAGUGCCCAAGGUUGAGGAGAAGCGGCACAUCUACGGGCGGCCCCGCUCCCCGAGCCUCGUCGACCGGAAAAGGCCUCAUAAAACAGUCGAGGUGUGCGUUAUUGGCGCCGUAGAGGUUAUAGGUGAUUUGGAAAUGACUUUUGGGCUUUCCUCCUACGCACAGACGACACAGUGUACACAGGAAGCGGAUAUGUUUGUGUUAGGUCAGAAGAACUAUGAACGUCUGAUCGAAAAACGUAACCCACAGUCGGUCGAUAUGAUGCGAGACUCCUUGCACGAGAAACUUAAGGUGCGCAUGUCAUGGACACAAGAGGACGAGCUUCCGCUCUUCCGGUACUUUCUUUACAAGCUUGACGAAAGAAUGCGGCAUGAGAGCAACAGGUUGAGGGACUUCAACCGUAAACGGGACACCAGGGAGAAUAUUGACUAUUGGAAGAGUGGGAAACUUUUUAGUGGGCCUUUGAUAGACCAGUUCGGCCCCGGUAGUGUGUUUUAUACCAUACGAAUGCGAGCGAAGUCUAGAAGAGUUCCGGUGCGGGCAAAGAUUGGUGCAUCCGGUUUCGGCAUAACGAGGGCCUUGGCAGCAAAUAGAAAUCAAAGUGGUGCUUAUCUGUCUCGAAGACCUGACCUACGUGGGUCAUCUCUCAAUAGUAAUGCUCAAAACGGAACCGUCUCUAAUGCGAACAAUACUGUGAACGGUAACAUUAAGUCACGACACAAAUAUGCAAGCAGCGACAGCGAAGGUGCGGGGUCGGAGAGCGACUCCGAUAUGGAUACUGUGGACGGUCCAUCGGGGUUGCGACGGAGCAAGGUAGUAUGUGACGGGCGCGGGAAGAGCACCCACUCCUCCCGCCCCAACCGGAACCAGAACACGCGCUCCAGUUGCUCCGUGGACGAGAUGAUGAACCGGGAGAUGCACGAGCUCGCCCUAACACAUCUGGAGUCACGCAUCGAGCAGUGGCACACCCGCGUCAACAAAAUGGAGGAGGUCCGCCCUUCCCGCCAGGGCCGGAAACACCUCGUCAAACUACAUAGAUAUAGUGUUGAGGAUAGCAAGAAGCCGCUCCCAGGAAAGAAGAUUAUCCUUAAACCGCGUGCGCGACCUAAACCCACACCCCUGACGCUCCACCUAGAGGCCGUAAAGAACGCCGAGCGCGGAACCACCCCAUCCCCGACGGAGGAACAGAGCCUCAGUGCAUCACGUGAUUUAGCACGUGGCACAGUACGUGAUAUUGAAUCACGUGACACGUGGAUGGACGAAUCAGAGGAGUUUUGUCGACGUUCCUCCAUAAGGCGACCACAGUCCUCUAAGUUCGCCGCCUCUCGUCCACCCGUUGAGCUCCGCUGCAGGCCAAAAUCUGCGCGACACUAUACAGUCGAGGAAUAUGCGAGCUUGAAGGAAGAACUGCGUAGGAAACAGAUAGCGUACAAGUCCCUCUUUAUUAGGUCCGACACCUGCUUUGUGUAGGUCCGAUACAUUAUUUGUUUAGGUUCAACACCUGCAUUGUGUAGGUCCGAUAUAUUCUUUGCGUAGGUUCAAUACCUGCAAUGUGUAGGUCCGAUACAUUCUUUGAGUAGGUCCGACACCUGCUCUGAGUAGGUCCGACAUAUUCUAUAUUUAGAUUCAACACCUGCUCUGUGUUGGUCCGGCACAUUCUAUAUUUAGGUUCAACAUUUGCUCUGUGUAGGUUCGAUACAUUCUAUAUUUAGGUUCAACACCUGCUUUGUGUAGGUUCAUUACAUUCUUUGUUUAGGUUCAAUACCUGCAUUGUAUAGGUCCGGCACCUGCUUGAUGUAUCUCUGAUACCUGCAUUGAGUAGGUUCGACAUCUGUUUCAUGCACGUGUACAUCCGAAAUUGUGUAGUAACAAAAGCAUGUAGGUUUUUGUAAGAAGAUUGGAACAUGCCAUGUUAUGUUAUUUACACACUUGUGAAAUAUAAUACACAGUAUUUGUUAUAUUUUCAAAAAAUCCUAUGAAGAAAACUGAAUUUCAUAUGUACUGUAUUAGUUAAAUUUAUUGUAAAUUAUUAAAUAA